AAGCGGCUCAGCCUGAACCUGGAGAGGGAGCGGGCGCUGGCCCGGCAGCUGCUGAAGGACGGCAAAAAAGAGAAAGCCAUGCUCUUGCUGAAGAAGAAGAGGUACCAAGAACAACUUCUAGAUAAAACAGAAAACCAAAUCAGCAACCUGGAGAGGAUGGUCCAGGAUAUUGAAUUCACCCAGAUUGAAAUGAAGGUCAUUGAGGGCCUGAAAAUAGGAAAUGAGUGUCUGAACAAGAUGCACCAGGUUAUGUCAAUAGAAGAAGUAGAAAGGAUAAUAGGUGAAACCCAAGAUGCUGUGGAGUACCAGAGGCAAAUAGAUGAGCUGCUGGCUGGCAGCCUGACUGAGGAAGAUGAAGAUGCCAUCCUAGAAGAAUUAAACACUAUUACUCAGGAACAGAUGGAGCUUCCAGAAGUUCCUUCCGAGCCACUCCCAGAGAAGAUCCCAGAAGCGUCACCCAUCAAGAACAAGCCAAAACCAGAGCUGGUGGCAGCAUCUUAACUCCCACUGCUGGGGAUUCCCCCACGUGACUUUCACCCAGGACAGUUUGCCAUCCCAGCCUGUGCUGGGAACAAGCAAUGCCUUGGCAGCAUCCCAGCUGUGCUGGGCGGAUCGUGGAGCAGGAUUCCCCGUGCAGGGUGGGGAACCUCAGCUGAUUAUUGCUCUUGUAUCAAGAUUAUUUUCUAGUGCUUUCUGUUUUUUUGUAACUUAAAACUCUCAACUCACUCAGCUGCGCUGUCUCGGGAUUAAACAACAACUCUAGAACUUCCCAAGCCAAA